ACGUCCUGGAGUGAGCGACAGGGCCCGCCCCAGGGGCUUGUUGUGAUUCGAAAGCAGCCCCGCGGGAGGCUCGGCCCAAUGGGCGCGCGCGGCCGCCAGUGAAUGGGACGCGCCCCCUCCCCCCUAAUCCGGCUGGAUCCUGUUGCAGCACCGCUGGCGCUCCUGGGAUGGGGGAAGGGCGGACUCCGACCACUGCACAGCGAGACUAAGAUUCACGCACAGGCAGCAGCCGCUCGCUGAGAGCGAGUGAACACGGGAAGCAGCAGAAACCUCAGCUGCACCUGCGAGUUGCUGGUCGGAGCCACCGCGCGUCAUGCCGAGGAGAAAGGUGAACGCGGCCGAAGCGGAGGCGCGGGAGGAGCCCAAGAGGCGGUCUGCGCGCCUGUCAGCUAAACCUGCCCCCGCCAAAGCCGAGCCCAAGCCAAAAAAGGCGGCGGCAGCAACAGCAAAGGAUAAAUCUGAGGACAGGAAAGCUCAAUCAAAGGGGAAAAAAGGACCAAAAGGAAAACAGAUUGAGGGGACUAAUCAAGAAGAAACAAAGGACAACUUGCCCGCAGAAAAUGGAGAAAUUAACAGUGUGGAGGCUCCAGGGUCUGAUGCAGCAAGAGAGAAAGAAGCCAAGUCUCAGUAAUAUCUCUACCAAGUCUUUUAUCAGUGGUCCCAGUACCUACCUUCCUUGUACAAUUCAGAGGAAUAUUUUUAUCAACUAUUUUGUAAAUGCAAGUUUUUUAGUAGUUCUAGAAAACACACUUUUAAAAAGGAGGGAGUCCCACCACAUCCCAUUUUUUUUACAUAAUUAGAUAAGUGUAAAUGCUUUUUUUUUUUUAAAGAUGUAAAAUCAGAUACUGGUUGUCUGUUUUCUGUGUAGCCAGAAAUUAAUGGAAUGUUAGAUUAGGGAGAGACUUUGAAAUUCUGAUUACACUUAACAUUCCAUAAGCUGGGAGGGACAGUUUUUAUAUCCUGUUAAAUGAGGCAUGACACGGAUCAAACUUUGGAAUCAUAAGUUGAAAAUGUCUUAACAUUUUAUAUAUCUGUAUCCACUGUGUCUAAUGAAACUGCUCCUUGGUGUUGGAUCUCCCUUUCAGAAUUGUGUAUUAUCUGUGACUUAUUUUUAGUAGUGGUAGUUUUAUUUUUGUCAAUAACUUUGUAACUGUGCUGUGAAAGAUUGGAAACCUUUAUUGGGUGUGUAGUGAGUGUGAUGUUACUGAACCCUGGUCUACACUACAGACUUAUGUCAGUAUAACUGUGUGCUUCUCCCAUCAACAUAGCUACUGCUGCUCGGGGAGGGGGAGUACCUUCGCCAGUGGGAGAAGCUCUCCUGUCGGCAUAGGUAGCAUCUUCUCUAAGCGUUACAGCAGCACGACUCCCAACUGUGCAGCUGUGCUCCUACAGUGCUGUAAGUGUAGACAAGCCCUGAAUAGGUGGAACUUUCUGUAUAGCAGAUCUAACUUCAUAUGACAGUAUUCAAGAUACUGGUACAUCAUGUCCAAUUUUAAAGGACAGUUUGUCAACACAAGUUAAGAUGAAAAGUCACUGGAAUAAUGGUUUUUUAAGAGUAAAAAUAUACAAGAAUAAAAAAUUAUACAAAUUGUUCAUGGUGUGUCUAUGUACUGAACACCAAACAAGAGCCAAUAAAAUCUUGGUUAUAAAAGGACA